UUUCCUCCUUCAGAUAUCAACCUUGCCAACGAGCCCAAACCUCACAGAUCGAAGACAGCCAAGCGAGCUGCAGGAGACAUGUACAGUCCAUCUAUUGAUCUGGAGUAUGACUUUCAAAGAGAUUACUAUGAUCGGAUGUACUCCUAUCAGCCCCGGGUACCUCCCCCCCCUCCUCCCCCUCUGUCCCGAGCCGUCGUCCCCUCGAAGCGCCUGCGGGUCAGUCUAAGCGGAGGGGGCAGCCAACGGACCAAAACCAGCUUCUCCUCCUCAAAGAACAGCCAGAGGACGUCCAGGAACGCAGUGAAGAGCGACGACCUGCAGGCCAUAAAGAGAGAGCUGACGCAGAUCAAACACAAGGUGGACUACCUGCUGGAGAGCCUGGAGCGCAUGGAGAAGGACCACGGCAAGAAGUCAGAGAUGAAGAGCUGCAAACCAGAACCCGGCGAGCUGUCCUCCCUCAACUCGUCUACCUCCAGCAAGAAAGACGACAGCCUGAAACGAGAAAGAGAGAGCCAGGACUCAGACGAGGAGGGAGAUCUGCUGGAGGACGAGGACGAGAUGAAAAGCAGAGGGCAGGAUGAGGACGAGGGGGAGGAGGAGGAGGAGGAGGAAGGAGAGGACGACGGGGACAGCGCCAACGGAGACGACUCCUAAACACUACACAGUCAGACCGACACACACACACACACACACACAUAUACAAAACCAAGUGUGUGUGAUUACAUUUCUUUCACCUGACUCAAACGCAGUGGCUACACGCUCACAUGUGCUGAGCUGACUGGACAUUUGUGUCGAUCAUUGAAGAUAUCUAACACUGGAAACAUUUCACCAAUCUAUGACGUACGUUUUGAAAGGAUUUUCCUGUUUUUUCUCUUCAGUAUUCAUAAUUCAAUAUCCCCCUCCUUUUUUAAAAAUUUUUGUUUUUGUUGUUGUUGUAUUUGAUGUUUUGCUUGGAUAUUUUUGGCCUCUGGAGAAAUAUAAUGUCUUGUCUGUUACGAAAAGAUAAACCCCAAAUUGAGUGGAGAAUAAAGGUCACAUUUUAACACUAAAUAUAAAGAAGAAAAGAAGCUUCAUUGAAUAUUAGGAAAUUGAUGCCAUAAAUGUAAAUUUGCUAAAAGAUUAAGUUAAAAAAAAAUCCAUUCCUUUGACAGCAGAGCAGGCUUGAAAUUCUAUAAAAUAUGUUACUGCUGCACAUCUUCCUCCUCACCAGCAGGUGGCAGUGUAUCCCCACAACAGGUAAAACAAAACGCAGCAGUUACUUUCUUCUGUGGAUCACAGAAAAUCUUCAUCUUCUGCUUGUCAGAUAACAACAUGAGCAUGUAUAAAAAAAACCUCACGUCGGACUGCACAGACGCUCAGAGAGAAGCCUCAUUGCUAUGGAAACGGCUGUUUGUCCCUGAGGUGUUACGACCUUUAACUGACCUUGACUUGUGUAAUGCAGUGCUACUCCAUGUUUGUCUGUUUCUGUUGAUGUUUUGUUUGACUGCACUGGUUUAAAGUGAAUAAAGAUGUUUUCUAAGUUG